AUGUCCAUCUACGGAAACGAAGAGCAAUCUGACAAUCACGGCGAGCAAUCCGAGACCUACGGUGAGAAGCAGAAGACUGGUUAUGAAGGUAGAGAAGAUGAUAAUCAAUCUGGUGGAUAUGGUGGUACAGGAAGAGAUAAUACGAGCGGUGUUCUAGGUGAAGAUGAUGAUAAUGAGUCGGGUGAUGCUCAUGGUACCACUAGAGAGGAUGGUUAUAGUAGUACCAGGAAGGAUGACACGAACAGUGGCUUUUGUCAAGAUGAUACAGUAUCUGGUGAUAGCUAUGGUAGCACUUGGAAUGAGAAUACGAGUGGCGGCUUGAAUGAUGAUGGUGUAUCGUCUGGAGAUGCUUACGGCAGCACCAAGAGCUAUGGUACGACAAGUGGAUAUGUUCAAGACGUUACCUCAUCUGGAGGUGCGUAUGACGGUACUGGAAGAGACACUGCAGGAGACAAUUCACAAUCUGAUGAUAGGUAUGGUAGCAUCGGAAACAACAAUGCAAGAAGUGGCUUGAGUGAUGACAACAUCUCAUCCGGAGAUACAUAUGGUAGCACUGGAAGAGAUAAUACAUCAUUUGGUGAUGCAUAUGGCAGCACCAGGAAGGAUGACGCAAGCAGCAGCUACAAUAAUGAUGUCACAUCCACGGAUGAUGCAUUUGGCUCUACCACUGGUGCCGGAAGUAGUUCAUAUAAUGAUGACAAGAUUGGUGGAUUUGGAGGAGUCAAGGCUAGCUCUUCUGAAUACGGUGAUGUUACUGCUGACUCUGACGUCUCAGGUGGAUAUGGUAGAGACAAGAGUGAUUCUCAAGGUUUGGGUGGAAGUGGUGAUAAUACUAUAUCUGGAGGCUAUGGUGAUGAUGACAACCAAACCUCCAGUGGUUAUGGAGCCGCCAAGUCUGGUUAUGGAGAGGGAGAUUAUGAUAACAAUCAUCAGACAAUCUCCAGUAGAUAUGGUGAUGAUGACCAGAGCAAGUCUGCAUUGAAGAAGGGCUUGGAAAAGGCGAAAGAAUUGUUCCAUAAAAACUGA